AUGUGGCGAAACUGGCUGUCAAGGUCACCGACACCCUCGCGACACAGCGACGAGGAGAGAUGUCGAUCCGCCACACUGCCUUGUCAGCAGCAACACCAACACCGAGACGGCCCUGAAGCCUCACAUCGACCUAGCAGUUCAAACACUCCUCGAGAGAAGAAGGGUCGCUUCGAUUUCCUUCGACCGAAACGGUGGCGCACCCUAUCUCGCUCGCGGCACACCUCACCCAAACGUCGAUGUUCCACGUCCGCUGAGGAUGUCGAGGCUCGACAUAGCAGCAGCGGUUCCUGUACACCAACCAAUGCGGAAGCAAAUCCCACAGCCCUUCCGAUUUGCCUUCACGACUCUGUCUCUACGGGGAUAGACGUGGUCACUCCCAAAGCAGAAGACGAAAAUAAAUCGAUUAAAGCGUUUCUUGUGUCCUCCGGAGGUAGAGAUGCCAGCAAUACAUCCUUUCAUGACUCCGACUCGAAAAGGUUGAGUCGAAAAGACUCCAGCAAAGAACAAGCCCGACACCACACCUCAAAGCCUUCACUAUUCCACUUUGCCAAAAAGACGUCCGAGAGGACUGAGGAUCAAAUGAAGAUCUCUACUCUAGGACAGCUUUUCAUGGGUGGAAAAUCUCCCAUAAAUCGGAGUUAUCCUGACUACAUAACGAUAAAUGUUUCGGCGAGCGUUCGCAGCACAAUCCUUGCCCACAUGAUCCCUGCAGGGGUUCGAACGCCUCGGAAGGGGCCUGAGCCAUAA